UGUAAUGUCAAAAAAUGCAUGCGGGUUAUCUUUGGGUGCAGUUCUGGCAAUAAAUUGCAGUUAGCAGAGAAGUCUGCAAAAAUAUACAAGUUUAAAUACAAUCAACAAGAAGUUUGGCCCAAGUGUAGCAUUAUAAGUUUAAGAAGAAUGUAAACCGCGAAAGUUGACGAUGGAAUUACACUCUUACGCGAAAAGAAAGGUGGCGAAAAAAUGGUCAACUGAUCAGAAGCGACAACUUGUAGAGACACGCAUCAACCAUGAUGAGCUUUUCACGAAUAAACCCACCGCCAGUGUAGCGCCGUGGAAGAAAAUUGUGAGUUUGGCCAAGUUAGAUGAUUACAAUGUGUUUUUUGUGCGCAAGCAAUGGUCGAAUAUGGUCAACAAAUACAAACAAUACAAGCAAAAUCGUCUGGAUGUAAUACCAAAUGGCACGCACGAUGCUGAAGAGAUCGAAAAAGUUACACAGGAAUGGGAAUUCUUUGAACCGAUACACCGUUUUAUGUCGCACAAAACCACCAAUUUGCAUUCGUACGCCCUACCAAUAACUGUACGAUUACCACUACCGCUAUCAGCACGUGACGAACUACAGGACAAUCAUAGUUCAAAUUCCUCUGAAGAUGGCCUCAACGUUUUCAGCAGUGAUACGAAUGAUGAAUACAACAAUUCGAAUGAUAACAACGCGCUUAAAACGCAACCAAACACCGAUCAUGAUUUUUAUACGAAGAAAAAUGGGCUCCCCUUGAAUUAUUUUGCAGACGUAAGCAAUGACACUCAAGAAUCGAUGCUCGUUGAACAGCCUAUAACAUGCAAUGGCGUAACCGAAGGCAUGGAACAGGUGAGACUGCAUGUAGCAGGUGAACAAAUUGUAGAAAUGAAAAUGGAACCACAAAGCGAUAUCGAAAGGACUGCUGAGCCAGUACAACAACAAAUUUUUAUUGAUACGAACGCGCAGCAGCAAAUGCCCAGCACAUCUGGUGGUCGCAUGAGGAAUUAUCAAAAGCGUCUAACCGAGCGACAACUCAGUGAAAAGGACCGUUACUAUCGACAUAAGCGUCGUUUUAAUAGGCGCAUAGAGCGACGCUUCGAUGCAAUAUUAAAUGUAUUCGGGCAGAUAGUUAAGGCAGAGUAUCCGAACAUCAAUGUAGGUCCUAUUAUGGGCACUGUAAUGCAAGGAACUAUGCUGGCAAAUCAGCUAUUCAAGAGUGAGAACGAUGAUGAUGAUGAUGAUGCUAGUGUUGAUGAAGAUAAUGAAUCUUCAACCGACACGGAGGAAAUGCAAUUUACCACUACUGCGGCUAAAGAAAUAAAUGCGGAAAUUUCAAAAGAUGAACAACCAGAACAUUGAGUAAAUUAAAAUUUGAGAGAAUUUGUAAUGUAAAAUGCAAGGCGAAUUCAUUAGAGGUGGUGGCACUAGGCCAACAACAACAUUUUGCACAAUAAAAAGGCACGUCAAAGUGAAAAGAUAAAGAAGUGAUUUAUUUAUGAAGGCAAAAGAGAAAAAUAAAAGCAAUUUAUUUGUCGAGUUGAAAUUAUUUUAAAAUUUUCAUAAUAACUUUUGAAUUUAAAUUCAUUGCGAAAUGCAAUUUUUAAAUAACAAAAAUUGAAUUUUUAUGCUGACAUCCGCACGUGCACGGCGCAAGAAAGAAAAAUAUCAGCUGGCCUAUUCCUACCACCUUUGAUAGAUUCGCCUUGGUGAAAUGUAAUGAGAAUUUGAGAAUUGUGACUGGAAGAAUAGUAGUAUUUUCAUAUGUUCGAAUGUACCGACUACUAUAUAAAACUGAAAUAACCAAAUAAACACUAUAUUGAAACGAAACA